AUGUUGAUGAUGGUGACCAGGUUCGGGCUACUGAUGCCGUAUACGGUGCGCUUGUUGUAAAAGUACUCAAGGCCAUGGCUCCCCAAUUUGAGGAGAAGGGCGAAGCUGGGUUCCCCGAUCUCGAAUAUACUCUUCGUGCUAUGGCCGAUAUGGGCGAGACUACCAGCGGAUUCGAUGGAGGAGAAUAUACUCAUAUAAUCAAGGAUUAUGCGAGGCACCUCUUUGGUCCACAAUCUCGGGAGGAGCGCGAAGCCCGUGCAGAAAAAAUCAAGCAAGCGUAUCAAGCAUUUUACAAGAAACUACCUAGAGAUCAGAAGGAGGAAUACGCUGAUAGAUCAGGAGUAGAAGCUAAGAGCACAGAUGAAGAUGACGACGAUAUGGAAGUCGAUGACGCGAGUGCGAGCGUACCCUGGUUUGGGGAAUGGAAACCUCAAGAUGCAAACUAUAAAAUCAAGAAUUUCCCUCUCAACGGCGUAUGGAAGAAGUACAGAGAAUUCAUAAGGUGA